AUGCAAACCAGUUGGGGCACGGAGAUCAACAGCGCGAGAAGCAUUUCUUCUUUCCUACCUCUCAGUACCCAACAAGGAGCAAUGGAGGAGCCUCAAGCUGUGGCCAAACGGCGCACGCCGCUGCCAAAAUUUCAGGUCUUCAUUCUCCUGUUCAUCCAGUUCGCAGAGCCAGUUACAGCGCUGGUCAUCUAUCCGUUCAUUAUGCAGUUCAUUCGCGACAUUGGUAUUACGGGAGGGGACGAAAGCAAGACUGGGUAUUUUGCCGGCAUCAUUGAAUCGGUCUUCUUUCUGGCGGAGUGUUUGACCGUUUUUUGGUUCGGUCGUGCAUCCGACCGUUAUGGGAGGCGGCCAGUUCUGCUAUUCGGGCCCUUCGGCCUCGCGUUAUCCAUGCUUGGGUUCGGGAUGUCGAAAUACUUUUGGUCGAUGGUCGUAUUUCGAUGCAUGCAGGGAGCUUUUAACGGGAAUAUCGGCGUGGCGAAAAGCGUCAUGGCUGAGAUUUCGGACUCGACUAACAUUGCCGAGAUCUAUGCACUGCUGCCCUUGAUGUGGACGGCCGGUGUUACGAUUGGGCCGUUUAUCGGAGGGACAUUCGCUAAUCCAGCAGCGACAUUCCCUGGUUCGCUGGGGAAAAUCCAUGUUUUCCAACAAUAUCCCUAUCUUCUGCCCUGCGCCAUGGCUGCGUCGCUGGCUUUCCUUGCAUUUACAUUUGGAUUCCUGGGGCUGAAGGAGUCACUUCCUUCCGCGAUCGCGAAGCAGAAGAAGUCCCGUCAAGGCACGGAGACAGAACCUUUACUUAGUGACAGCGAAGAAGUAUCCGGCGAGGAGGCUUCGAUCGACUCUCCACCCCCGUUGCGCGAGCUGAUCACCCGUCCCGUGGUUAUUGCGCUCACAAACCAUGCCUUCCUCUGCUUUUGUCAGAUGUCCUAUGAUGUCAUGAUUCCUCUUGUCUACGCAACCCCCAUCGAACUCGGAGGGCUUGGGCUCACCCCACAGUCGAUUGGCCGAAUUAUGGGUAUCAUCGGCUUCGCCAAUGUAUUCACCCAGACCCUACUUGCUCCUAAACUCACGCGUCGAUUCGGAGCACACAUGGUCUUCCGCACCACGUUCAUUCUCCUUCCAAUCGCUUUUCUGGCGUACCCCCUGCUCAACCACUUUGCUCGCAAAGCAGGCAGGGUCGACGGCACCGUGAUCGCCAUUAUGGCAGUCCAGCUCAGCGCCAGCUUCUCUAUCUUCCCGACAUAUGGAUGCACCCAAAUAUUCCUUGCCGAUGCAGCACCACCCAACGGUCUGGGAGGCGUCAACGGAAUAGCUCAAAUGGCGUCUUCAACCCUGCGAAGCAUUGCUCCGUCACUUGUCGCUUCUCUGUUUGCGACCUCCGUAUCAUACAACCUUUUAGGAGGCAACUUGGUCUUCGUCGUCUUGUUUGGUCUGUCGCUCUGCGGCUUGCAAGCGACCUUCCUUCUACCGAAACAACUAGGGUCAGAGAACUGA